AUGUGUUUAAAGAGGCUUUACGUGCGGAGAUGUCCAGGACAAAAUGAUGAUGGGCAAAUGCUUAAUGUACCUUUGUCAGGAAAGAGGAAUAUUUUUUCUGAUCUCUAUAACCAACGAACAGCUCUGUCACACACGACAGAGUUUCCUCUGUUAAAUCAAGAUUUCCAUCAAAAUCAAGAUGAUCGUGUUGGUGAAGUCUUCAUCAGAGCUUGUGAAAGCAUCGAGACGGUAUCUAGACCAACAAAAGCAUGCAGAGACCAGGGAGAAGAGAUUUCCCUUCUGCUGACUGCGGAAAAUGGCAAGCAUCAGUCCUGUAAUGCUGAGCUGCAGAGUUCUGUCCAAGACAGAGUAUGUGGCAUGGAAGAGUAUAAAACUGAAAGACAGCAUCUUGAAAAAGAGGAGUGCACAGAAGAGAAUACUCCUUUCGAGGGUGAUACUCAAGAUGAAGGAGAUCUGGUCUCAUCAAAAUUUCAUUGUCAGCUUAAUUUCAGUACAGGACAUAAAAAUAUGAAUGCAGCCCUCACUGAACUGAGUGAUACAAACCCUGAGAGCAAGCUCGGAGGUGAUGAUGAAAGUGAGAGAGGCCUGAUGGAAAACGGCAGUGAAGUCACAUGUCACAGAAAUGCCCACACCGACUGUACAGAAUGUGGUGAAGAACUGUGGUGGGCUGUGGAAGAGUUCGUCAGAAAUGGUGCCAUGCUUGCAGCAAAUGAGGUUACAAACAGGCAGAAGUUUUGUAAAAUGGGUGCUGAUGUGAAAAAAAUAAGAUGCUUCUCUAGAAGGGGAGUCCCAGAAACUCUGUGUAAGGGCUGUGCCGCUCCAAGCUGCUCUUCACAAGUGUCUCACAGGCCUCCUCUGUGCCGAGCAGGAGCACCAGGGUUAAGUUCACCCAACGAGCAAGAGAUAGGGGGCACAAGGGAAAUGUUAGGCACUAACAAACCAGAACUAGGGGACUCUGUCCAAAACUGUGAAAUGACUCGUACUCCUCUGACAUCUGUUACUGUUCAGAUGCCUUCAGGCCUGGAACUUACUUCAAGGGUGAAGUGCACUAGGCAAAAUGUUCCUUGCACUGAAAGCCUUGCUAGGGAUGACCAUGUGGACUCGUCUAAGGUGUCAGCACACUGCUCUGAGGGUGCUAGUCCCAUAUGGUCAGACCCAGGGGCUUCAGAGGACGGUGUGAAGCAGACCACUGACACCCCCAGCCAAACUGGAGAAAAGAGGAAGACCAGGCAGCUGCCUGUGCUUUGCCCACCCCAUCGCCACCUGACAAAAUCAGCCUCCCUUGACACCGUGCUCUCUGGAAAAUACAAAUACAGGCCACACCACUGCAGUGAAACCUGCAGCAGUCCCUGCUGCCACUACUGCUGCUGCCAUGGUUGUUGCUGCUGCUGCUUACGGACGUGUCCUGUGGCUGUUUCUCUCCAUAGCCCCAUGGGUUGCUGCUCAAACCAGGCUGCCAACAAGCUGAAGCUCCUGAGGACACUGACGUUUCUGCAGGAAAACGCAAUGCAAAAUCUUCCUCUGUGUACUGACGAAAUAGAGUUGAUGAAGAUCUCCUGCCAGCACUUCCAUGAGAAGCUGGAUGAGAUUGAACGGCACAUGACCGAACAGCAGGCACUGUUUUCCAAUUAUAUGCCAGAAGAAGGAAGGGAGGAAAGCAGAAACCUGCAACGCCUACAUCAAGCCAUUCGUCAGGAGAUGGCAGAGCUGGAACUCUGUCUGAAUGAUAGAGCUUACCAAGUUGGGGAGGGCAUCCUGAUGCAGCUGGACCAAUUACUGGUAGAACAAUCCCAUCUGUUUUCUGAGCUCGGACUUUCUGAUUGGAAGGGAGAAAGAAAUGCCCAGAAUAAACAAGCACUUCCAGAUGCUGCUGGUGCUAGAAGUGGGUGCUCAGAAGGGGUGCCCCAAAGAGCUGCUAGCAAAAACACCACAGCAGCAGGCCUUGUCUCGGCCCUGAAGCCAGAGGCACCCUUAAUGCUGCUUCCUACCAGGACAGUGCCUGAGCCAAAUUCAUCCACACAGGAUCUGCAGGAGCCCUCCAUCAGUAAAAAAGAAAUGAAAGGACCUCCUCAAGCAAAAACCGAAUUUAAGGCCUUUAUACACAAUUUGAAGAAAUCUUUCCAAAAUCCUUUAGGUAACGAUUCAGCAGAAGGGAAAGACUGACGGAUGACAGAGUGAUGGAUUUUGUUUCUAGUAACUGUGGCCUUUCUCCUUCAAUGCGUGAUGCAUCUCAGAAACAAAUGAGCAAAACAUUGCUUUGUCGAGAGUUCUGAUCACAGUAAUUUCAUUUGCAAUGAGAUGAUUGGCCAGAAACAUAGGCACCUUUAUGGAAUGUCUCAAAGAGAGGUACUGUGUGUUGUGCUAUUCUGUGAUUGCAGAACUUACUACAUUCCCCUCAGCCAUCAUCUGGAGUAGGGCAGUUCUUUGCAAAGGAGAGAGAGCUUAUUUUUAGAAGAAACUUGUGAAGGUCUCCUCACAGCCAAUUACUUUAAUAAAAUCACUGCCAAUCUCCAAGUCCAAACUACCUUGCAUAUAGUCACAGAAUCACAGAAUCACAGAAUCACAGAAUUGUAGGGGUUGGAAGGGACCU